UCCUCACGCUGGUUCCUCGUCGCCUCAGAGCUGUACGUCCUCCUCGCCUCAUCUCGUGUUUGGGUACCGUUUGGGCUGUCGCCACCGCCGCGAUGGGCAAAACUUCCGCCUCUCAGGGUCCAGGAGCUCCGCCCGACCCGGUGCGGAGUUUCAAUCGUUGGAGGAAGAAAUACAGCCACAAGCAGAGCCAAAAAAAACAGUUGAGGAAGCAGCUGAAGAAGCCCGAGUGGCAGGUCGAGCGCGAGGUUAUCAGCCGCCUCAUGCAGAACUAUGAGAAGAUAAAUGUAAAUGAAAUUACAAGAUUUUCAGAUUUCCCCUUGUCCAGAAAAACACUGAAAGGUUUGCAAGAAGCGCAGUACCGUUUGGUAACUGAGAUACAGAAGCAGACCAUUGGGUUAGCAUUGCAAGGUAAAGAUGUCCUUGGAGCUGCCAAAACUGGAUCUGGCAAGACUUUGGCUUUCCUUGUUCCAGUGCUGGAAGGCUUGUAUCGUCUGCAGUGGACCUCAACAGAUGGGCUGGGGGUUCUGAUUAUAUCACCUACAAGAGAACUGGCCUAUCAGACCUUUGAGGUUCUCCGAAAAGUAGGGAAGAAUCAUGACUUUUCAGCUGGCCUCAUCAUUGGCGGAAAGGAUCUGAAACAUGAAGCUGAGAGGAUCAAUAACAUAAAUAUACUUGUUUGCACACCGGGUCGGCUUCUUCAACACAUGGAUGAAACGAUAUGUUUUCAUGCUACGAAUCUCCAGAUGUUAGUUCUUGAUGAAGCAGAUAGAAUCUUGGAUAUGGGCUUUGCUGAUACCAUGAAUGCUAUUAUUGAAAACCUUCCCAAGAAACGUCAGACUUUGCUUUUCUCAGCUACACAAACCAAAUCUGUAAAGGACCUUGCACGCUUGAGUUUGAAAAACCCUGAGUAUGUUUGGGUUCAUGAAAAAGCAAAAUACAGCACCCCUGCCACUUUGGAACAGAACUACAUAGUCUGUGAGCUGCAGCAAAAAAUAAGUGUGCUGUAUUCCUUUUUGAGAAGCCACCUGAAAAAGAAAAGUAUUGUAUUUUUCUCCAGUUGUAAAGAGGUUCAGUAUCUGUACCGAGUGUUCUGCCGGCUACGUCCUGGCAUUUCUGUCCUUGCCCUGCAUGGUCGACAGCAGCAGAUGAGAAGAAUGGAAGUCUAUAAUGAAUUUGUUCGCAAGAGAGAUGCAGUACUCUUUGCUACUGAUCUUGCAGCCAGGGGGCUAGAUUUCCCAGCUGUGAAUUGGGUUCUUCAGUUUGAUUGUCCAGAGGAUGCCAACACAUAUAUUCACAGAGCAGGUAGAACUGCCAGGUAUAAAGAGGAUGGUAAAGCUUUAUUAAUUUUGCUUCCCUCAGAAGAAAAAGGGAUGGUGCAGCAGCUUCUUCAGAAGAAAGUGCCUGUGAAGGAAAUCAAAAUCAAUCCAGAAAAACUUAUAGACAUUCAGAAAAAAUUGGAAUCGUUUUUAGCUCAAGAUCAAGAUUUAAAAGAAAGAGCUCAAAGGUGUUUUGUCUCCUACAUACGUUCAGUGUAUCUGAUGAAGGAUAAAGAAAUAUUUGAUGUGAGCAAGUUACCUAUACCUGAAUAUGCCCUGUCUCUUGGUCUUGCUAUGGCACCACGGGUAAGAUUUCUUCAGAGAAUGCAAAAACAACCCAACAAAAAACUGGUAGUGAGCCAAGAUAAUAAAAUAAUUGAGCCAAGGACUGUCUCCCUCACCAAUGAUGAAGUGGAAGAAUUUAGAGCCUACUUCAAUGAGAAAAUGUCUAUUCUCCAGAAAGGUGGGAAAAUACCAGAAGGGACAGAGUACAGACUGGCUAGUGGUAUUAGUGAUGAAGAGGAAGAAGAGAAAGAAUGUGAAGAAGAAAUGGAAGAGAAACUGGGAAAAACAAAAGGGUCUCAACCUCAGUCUGUCCCUAGCAACAAAGAGUCACAGAAGAACAAAGAAGUUCCUGUGCAGUUCUUGGACAGAGAUGAUGAUGAGGAGGACGAUGGCGUCAAUGCUGACUUCUUUAAGGUGAAGAGGCACAAUGUGUUUGGUUUGGACCUUAAAGAGAAUAAAACAUUACAGAAGAAAGAACCUUCUAAAUCCAGUGUGGAGAAAAAAGUGACCAAGGUUGCAGAAGCAAAAAAAGUAAUGAAGAGAAAUUUUAAAGUAAAUACGAAAAUAACAUUUACUGAUGAAGGAGAGUUGGUUCAGCAGUGGCCACAAGUGCAGAAGUCUGUCUCCAAGGCUACUGAGGAAGAGGAUGAUGCUGGUGGUAUCAACUUAGAUAAAGCAAAGGAAAGGCUUCGAGAAGAGGACAAAUUUGACAAAGAAGAAUAUAGGAAGAAAAUUAAGGCAAAGCAUCGGGAGAAAAGACUGAAAGAAAGGGAAGCCAGAAGAGAAGCCAGUAAGAAACAAGCAAAGGCUAAAGAUGAAGAAGAAGCCUUUCUGGAUUGGAGUAGUGAUGAUACUGAUGUAUUUGAUCCAAGCACACUUCCAGAUCCAGAUAAGUACAGAAGCUCCGAAGAAUCAGAUAAUGAAGAUAUGGAAAAUAAAAUUAGUGAUACCAAGAAGAAGCAGGCAUUGAGGAAAAGGAACAACAGUGAAGUGGAAGACGUGAGACCCACAAGUCAUGACAGAAAGAAGACCAAGUGGGAAACCUCAGAGCCUUUGGAUACAGGCCUGUCUUUAGCCGAGGAUGAAGAGCUGGUGUUACAUCUGCUCAAAAGUCAAAGCUAAAUUGUACUUGCUCUUGUUUUCUCCUUGAAACCUCUAGUCAUGAUUAUGUGGGCAAAAAGUUGAAAAAGCAGUUAGCUUUGGGGCACUUAGGUAACAUGAGUCCCAUGCCCAAAGGACCCAUUCUUCAGACAGGAGCUAUCAUACCUCUAAGCCCCUUUCACAGGCCAUGCUUGCACCGUCCCAGAGCAAACUCACAGUGAUGGUGGAUUAUAAAAUUUCCAUUUUCCAGCCUGUGCUCUGUUAGAUUUUAUCCAUGGGUUCCUACAUCUUAUCACUGGAAAUGCUUCCUUUGUUUUACUGGCAAGUUCUAGAGACCUUGUUUCAUUGUUGGAAAUUCCUGUUUUGCUUACCAUACAGAAGUUUCUCUGUAAUAUUAAACAAAAUUGCUCAGAGAAAAGAGUAUGAUGAGUAUGAUAGACCAACCCUGAGAAAAAAUGAAUAUUUUUUAAUUGCCAUGAUCAAUAAUAAACAUUUCCUA